AAAGUUGAAAGCCAGUUUUGUGCGAUUUGCAAGAAAAAAUUUAUAAAAUGCCAAAAGGAGAGAGACAAGGAAAGAAAUAUCGAGUAAGGAGGAGUUAUCGUACCAAGAAAAAAGUUUUCAAGGGCAAAAAACUGAAGGAAAAGAGCGCUGAGGAGUCUGAGGAUAGUAGGCCUACACCAACGCCCAAUAUUCGUGUUUCUCAAGAAGUAAACAUUACCGAAAUUGAGACAAUUUCAGAUACCGAAAAUACCGAGAUCUCAGCAUCCUUGAGGAAGAUAACAGCUGCAACUAAAGCUACUCCAAAAAUACAGGAUCAAGUUUGUAAUAACGACGAUGCCAAUGGUUAUAGACUUGUUUAUAUAAAGAAUUUAACGAAUGCAAUGAAGGAAUUUCACAAAAUUGUUUGCAAACAGGCGGAUAUAGAACUAUCAGAAGAUGUUUCCAAACGUGCAGGCCUAUGUUCCCAUCUCAUAUUUCACUGCUUGAGCUGCGACACCAAAGUUAGCAUGUCAACAGGGAAGGAAUCAAAAGGGAAGAAGGCAUCAUUUGAUAUAAAUCGCAGAGCUGUGUUUGCUGCUGGGGAGAUUGGAAUUGGACGAGAAGCCCUAUCUACAAUGUGUGCAGUAAUAAACAUGCCACCGCCACCAAGUCUUCGAGCAUAUCAACAACACAAAACAGCCAUUUGUGAUGCUACAAAUUUUGUAGUAGGCAAAUCACUUAGUGAUGCAGCUAAACGUGUUAGAGACAGCCUAGGAGCAAAUGACACUGAUACAAUAAACAUUGCAGUGUCAUUUGAUGGUACUUGGAGCAAGAGAGGCUUUACUGCAAAUUAUGGCAUAGGUGUUGUAAUUGCAGUAGAAACUGGAGAAGUGUUGGACUAUGCAGUUAUGUCCAAGUCAUGCGAAAAAUGUAAGGCUGCUGAGAAAUUGAAAGGUGACUUGGAAAAAUACAAGCAAUGGAAAGCAAACCAUGCAAGCCAAGGAGAAUGCCAAAAGAACUUUGAAGGUUCAAGUACUGCUAUGGAGAAGGAAGCUGCAAAGAUAAUUUGGGGACGGUCCUUAUCAAAACAUAACUUUCGUUAUACAGAGAUGGUGUGUGAUGGAGAUAGCAAAGCCUGUACGGAAGUUUGGGAUACUUAUGGGGUAUGUGAGGACUGUGAUAAGAAUGCAUCAAUGGACAAAAAAUCGCUUCAUUAUCAGAAAUGGCUGAAGUCUGCAGCAUACACCAGAUGGGAAAAUGAACAUGAGAAUGGGAUUGCGGAAUGUUAUGGUGUCAAAAAACUUGAUUGUAUUGGUCACAUCCAAAAAAGGAUGGGAAAAAAUCUAAUUAGCAUGCAGAAGACAGGUGGAAAGCUUUCAGAUGGAAAGGCUGUUGGAGGGAGGCAAGGCAGGCUUACAAGACCUGUAAUAGACAGGCUUCAAAAAUAUUAUGGAAAUGCUAUUAGAAGCUCUGUUGACAGGGACGCAAAAUCAAAAGAAGAAAUACAACAAGCAGUAGAGAAGAUGCAGAAAAAUAUAAAGGCUGUCCUUUAUCACAGUAUUAAGAUGAAAGAACAAGAAAAGAGACAUUAUUUUUGUCCUUCAAACUCCUGGUGUGCUUAUAAGAACAAUAGAGGUUACACAGAUGAAACAUUUGUAGAUAAGCCAUAUCAUCUUGAUGAAGUUUUCUUGGAGUUUUUGCUACCUCUCUUUGACCGUUUGAGCAGCACCAGUUUGCUAAAAAGGUGCUUGCCAGGGUUCUCCCAAAAUGUGAAUGAGUCCUUCAAUUCUUUGAUUUGGAUACGAUGUCCAAAGCACCAAAACAAAGGAAUGAAGGUUGUUGAGGUAGCAACAGGCUCAGCUGUUUUGCAAUUCAAUGUUGGUGCAACUGGAAAACAUGCUCUUAUGGAUAAUUUAGGUAUCCCAAGUGGCACCCAUACAGAACAUGGUAGCAACAAGAAAGACCAGAGGAGGAUUGCACAGUCAUCAGCAAGACUGAGACAAAAGUUUAAAAGAGCCAGACAAGUUAUACGUCAAGCAAAGCUUCGAGAAGAAGAACGGCUGAAGAGGUUGGAAGGGGUGACAUAUGAGGCAGGGGCAUUUAAUGAAGAGGAUCAUGGACCAUCUGCUGCAAAACAGAGGAGGACAUGUAAAAACCCAAAAAGAAGCAAAAAUUGAAUUAAAAUAAAAUUUGCCAGUUGAAUAACAUUCGAAGAAACAUUGAUAAACUUUAAUCGCAAUUUACUCAAAACGCCUGUUUUUGAUACCAGGUGAUUGCCCCAUAUGAUUAUUUUCAUAACCUUUGAAGAUAUUAGCAAAAGAUUUGGCAGAAAUACUUUUCAUGUAUGUAGUUAUGCCCCUAUGAGCCCUUUUUCAAAAAUUUGCUAAGGCUGUCCUAAAAUUUAUACUUAUUGCAAAAGCCUCCCUUAUUGGUAGUUACCAUGGCAACGAAAUUGAAUUAUCAGAAAAUUUCACAUUGGGGCAUUCUUUAUCAUUUCAGCUUUGUUUUUAUUAAAUUUCAUACCUCUAUAACAUAUAUUUCUUGAAUUAAGCUGGUGGGGCAACCAUCCACCUUGAAUUCUGAUCCACGAAGUCCUCAACUUCAAGCAAGCGUUUCCUCAUUUUAGGGGGGUGCUUUUCAAAUUAUUUUUCUCCACCUAAGACCUGUAAGGUUCCCUUGUCAGAUGAGAUAUAGGUCAAAUCUAUAUGUUGUACGAUAUUGGAAUAACAAAGGUUUAAAAAUGUACAAAAAAUGAUCAAUUUUAUGUAUAGCUCCCCCUUAAAGGUUUCUGGCUCACAUUACGAUAAAAACGAUUCAAGCUGUCUCCUGUAAAAAAAGAUUCUCGGAGAGAAACCUUUCUCAUUUUGAACAACAAAAUACGCUGUUUAGGGAGUCAGUGGUUGAAUAUUUCACGUCGAUACUUUUCUUCAUGUCAAUGAAAAUGCAAACGUGACAUUUUCCUUGAAAUAUUUUCCUCCGGUAUUUUUGCCAAAUAACUUGCAGACAUUAAACAUCUCCAGAAAACACGACUUUGUACAACAGGUGUUCGCUGAAGCAUUUGCGGUGAAGCAGAAGCGUGAGGACGAAAAUAGGAUUGUUAUUCGCGAGAGCUCUUUGUCUGCGCUCCAGACCCCCAACCUGAAGGAAGAGGUCUGGAGCACAGGUCAGAGAACUUUUGGCUUUUCUUUGCAGAGCAUUGAUGAGAUGAAAAGAUGUCACGCUAUACCAUGCUCCGUCCAGGAAAAGCUUUUUCAUUGUGAACACCAUGCAUGCGUAUAAUCUUAUCUAGUGUUUGGUUUACAGAAUUUUUAAAAAAACAGCUGCUCCCAGUUUUUCUCGUCUUGCGGCAGCCAGUUUCCCACAGCUGCUUCCAGUUUCCAAAAAUGCUUUUGUUAAGUUACAAGUUAUUUCCUGAAAAACCUGGAUGACCGCACUUGGUUGUUUCCGUGAUUUUAAUAACGAGGAACGAGUGAAAAAGAAAAAUUGCUAGAAAAAAGCUCAUAUCCUACGGUGUUAACAUAAAUUACACAUAUACGAUUCAUAUCCAGAGUCUUUGCACAAAUACACCAGAACCAGGAAGGGCUGUGGAGGAAGGCAGGCACCGAGCAGCCAUAGAGCUAGCAGGGGCUCUAGCCCCACCCCCACUUUUUUGCAAUAAUAGGUUAUAAAUUUUUAGAAAGAUAACUUUAACGCAAAUUUGGAAAUUUUCAACAGUUCGUCUUGACUAGGAGCCACCGUUUUUUGUUCAUUUCUUGGUGGCUUAUCUUGUUAUAUUUUUUAUAGCAAUUGAUGCCUUCUCUGAAUUGGACUGUUUAUGAAAAAUAAGUGGAAAGAAGGAAGUAUUUUCUAAAAGGGGCGUUUUCCGGCGUUCUAAAGGGCGUGUCAUAAAAAAUUCUUGGUCACGCCCUUUUCAGCCCACCCACUUUAGAAUUGUGCGUGGUGUCUGGUGGAAGGGAACUUUAAAAUAAUCCAUGAUUUAGGCCAGUUCUUUCCUGACGAAAAUAUUUAUUGUAACUUGUGUAUAUAUCUCGAAAAUAAGCCAGAUUCCCGACCAUAAAAAUUGCGUACAGUUUCCAUCAAAACAAAAGAAGGAUGGAUUGAAAAAUCCACUGCGAUCACAAAAUCAUGGGGUCUUACCUUCUAUUAGCCAUAGCUCACCCGAUUUUGGCAAAUUUAACUGAUUUUACAUAUAUGGGAGUAUUUCAUGGUGUUCUUUAUGUUCUGAGGUCAAAUUCAAAAAUUCUACAAAUAGUUUUCGUGACGUCACACCUGAGAACUCUAUGCUCAGACACCGAUUGGAUGCUUUGUCAUAAUUCCUGUACAUUUUUGCAUCCUAUGCUGCGCUCACCCGUGUUAUGAAUCGUUAUCGGCCUCAUCAUGAUUAACAGUUGACGGUUGAGAAUAUUGGCCUCAAUUAAAACGCUUUUUUUGUAAUAAAAUUACAACCCUCUGUAUGCGGAACCGAUCUUCUUCGAAUUAGCUGAGAGACGUAGGUUCUAGGUUGAUUAAAAUCAGUAACGGAGCCAAUUCUCUUUCUGAGACAUAUUUUUAAGAGUUCUGGUGCUUUAAUCUACCUACAUUAUGUAAAACAAACCUUAAAUCACUCGAAAAUUUUACAGUAACAUCUGUGGAUGAAAGCAUUUUUGCUCCAUUGUAGGGUUCUUAUAAAAGCUUGUUGUUCUCGAGCGUUUGUUUGCAGAUUUUCCAACGUGUUUAUGAAAGAUUGGAAAAGUGUGAAAGGGAAAUUCUAAAUAUUGAAUUGUUCAAUAACAUAUCCGGAUAAAAGUGGGCAAGGAUUGUAAUAUUUGUUUAAGUAACUUUUGUAAUUAAUGUUAUACUUUGUGAUUAAUUUGAUUUUUUAUUAAUGUGAUUAAGUUGUGAUUAAAGUGUGAUUAUUCUUGAGAGCGUACGUGAUUUUAAGCAAUGUUUUGCCCUCGAAGUUUACAAUAGUGUAAUGUGAUUGGUGGGUUCUGAAGGUGUGAGUGCAUCGCAAAGGUUGGAAUGGCUGAAGAUUAGAGUCAGAAGUGGGAAAAAUGAAAGGGGAUAUGAGUGAGCAGAGGUGCCCUCCUAGACGAGGGGACUGUUCUUUAGGCAAUUGCUAAAAGCCAUAUCAAUAACCACAGCCAUGACCACACCAAAUUUAAUUGCAUAUGCGUAACAGAUUCUCUGUUGUGUAUAUCAAGUCAUCCAAGCAAAUUAUCGACUCAAAAAAACUGAUAGGAAAUUGCUAUUUCGCGAAAGGUCUGUUGCAUAGUAAAUUGGUUGUCAAUACAUAACUCGUCCAACCCAACAUGUGCUCACUUAUCAAAGGAAGGGGGGG